GGUUGUGUGUGUGGGAAUCAGGGACGACCACCGGGGCUUUUUGUUCCACCAGGUGGAGAUGUGGUGCUACUGUUUUCUGAGAUCAGUUGUUCCUUGCGCUUUGAGGUGUUCUCAGGUUAGUUCAUCCCACAGUGGUUGUAGAAAAUAUUAGUGACUUGCAGAAAGCAUUCGGGGCGGCGCGCGCUCCCGGGAACACGCGCACACUUGAGGAGUUGCGGAUCUCAGGGAGGAGGUGCGCCUGAGGAAGCGGACCCCGGAGCCCUUCUGUACGGGUGGAGACGGGAUUGUGGUUGACAGUCACGAUGAACACACUGCUGUCGCGGGCAAACUCGCUGUUUGCCUUCUCGCUGAGCGUGAUGGCGGCGGUCACCCUGGGCUGCUUCGUCACCACCGCAUUCAAAGACAGGUGCGUGCCGGUGCAGCUGCAGGUCUCCCGGAUCAUGCUAAAAAAUGUAGAAGACUUCACUGGACCCAGACAAAGAAGCGACCUGGGAUUCAUCACAUUUCAUAUAACUGCUGAUCUGGAGAAGACGUUUGACUGGAAUGUUAAGCAGUUGUUUCUUUAUUUAUCAGCAGAAUAUUCAACAAAAAAUAAUGCUGUGAACCAGGUGGUCCUCUGGGACAAGAUUGUUCUGAGAGGUGACAAUCCGAAGCUGAGGGUGAAAGAUGUGAAAGCGAAGUAUUUUUUCUUUGAUGAUGGAAAUGGUCUCAAGGGAAACCGGAAUGUCACUUUGACCCUAUCUUGGAAUGUUGUACCAAUUGCUGGAAUUCUACCUCUUGUGACAGGAUCAGGACAUGUGUCUGUCCCAUUUCCAGAUGCAUAUGAAAUAAUGAAGAGUUACUAAGUUGUUCUGAAUUUCAGACAGCAUAUUUUUAGACUUAACGAAGCACGUGUCAUUUUAUUUCUUUGCUUAUAUCAUCGUUUGGUUUUUAUUCUUAAUUAAUUUUUAGUAUAAGAACCAACAUGAAAAGGAAUUCUUGAAAGGAAAUGUUAAUGGCCUAAUUAAACUUAAUUUUACAACCAAGAGAAGAAGAAGGAGGAGGAGGAGAAGAGGAAGAAGAGGAGAAGGGAGGAGAAAGAGGAGGGAAAGAAGAAAGCCCACGAGAAUGGAGUAUUAUAAGACAACUGCAUAAUAAGGAUUUGUAAAAAAGGAUCCAUAUUUGAAGUGUUUGUUGUAUUUCACUUAUUCUUUCCAGACUAUCAUGGGAGCAUGAAGGGUAGUCAAAACUCCCAGGUAUCUAUGGACUCAUAGGAACUCUUGUGUUUUAUGCCCUUCUUUAUGUAAGUAUACACUGGACGUGAUGUACAAGUACACAUCCUCUUUUAGAGUAUAUGUCAUUACUGGAAAAAUUAAUGUUGUGAGUUGUUUGAAGACUGGCUUACAAAAAGGGGCCAGAAGUGAUGGAUUUUCUUUUUCAUUUGUCUUGGGACUGUCCAUAAUACUUGUCUUUUUUUUUUUUUUUUUUACAGGUGGCUAGUUAGUUUCUAAACUUAAAAACGAAAUAGCUCUUUAUAGUUAUAAGUCAUCCUAAUUCAUUUUAAUGUCUCAAGUCAAACAAAUGUGUGGCUUUUGGUGCUUUCUCUAAGAGUGUCACUUUGCAGUAAUGUCUUUGUAUAGACUUUUAGCAUUGCUAUUGAAAGCUGAUAAUGUUUGCAUGGUUUGCCCUAUGAAUUAAAUUUGUUGUAGUCAGCA